UUAUUUUAUUUUAUUUUCCUUUAAAUAACAGUUAAAGAGGCGCUCUGCGGCGGCGCGGCCGCAGCAACCAUCCCGCCCGUGAGGCGGCGAGGCCGCGCCUGCCUUCCCGCCCUGAGGCGGCGGGGCCGCGCCUGGAAGCCCGCCCUGAGGCGGCGGCGGCGGGGCCGGCGGCAAUGGGGGACGACCUGGCACCGGAGGGUGACACCCGGCUAACUUCACCAGUGUGGACACCAAGUAGGAAACUCAGACUGCCAAAUUGUUUCCCAUGUGUUGCUGAAAAUAGAUAAAUUGAGGCUUCUACAGCCUUGGCAAUGCAAGUGCUUCAUUCAGAGAAGGAGUUCCAUAAUGCAGCAAAGCGUAAUGACACAGCCAGGAUGGAAGAGCUCAUCAGGAGAGGGGUUGACAUCAAAGCCAAAACCAAUACAGGCCGCACUGCCCUGCACUGGGCCGCUGGAGCAGGGAAUGUGGAUGCUGUGCGACUGCUCCUGGAUCACGACGUCCCAGUGGAUGAGAGAGACAGUUUUGGAAUGAAUGCGCUUCUCCUGUCUGCCUGGUUUGGCCACCUCCAUGUCCUGCAGAUCCUCGUCAAUGCUGGGGCCAAGAUUAACUGUGUCAACAGGAAUGGCAGGAACCUGCUCCACUGUGCGGCUCAGAGGGGACACAUCCAGGUGAUGGAGUUCAUCAUGGAGGACCUGGAGGACAUGUGUGUGGAUAAGACAGACAAGAUGGACAGGACAGCGUUUCACUUGGCUGCAGAGUAUGGGUGGCUGGAGGUGGUGAAGUUUCUAAUUCGACUGGGUUGUUCUCACAGUGCCAAAGACAAGGAAGGAAAUACAGCGCUGCAUUUAGCUGCUAAAAAUGGACACCUCUCUGUGCUGCAGAAGAUGAUAGAUGUUGGAGUGGACCUUGAUGAAAAGAAUUUAGAAGGACUUACAGCUCUGCACCUGGCUGCUGAGGGGGGUCACAGCGACUGUGUGAAGCUGCUUGUGGAAGCUGGCGCUGAUGUCAACGCCCAAACCCAGAAGAAGAUGAACUGCCUUCAUUACGCAGCACUGCACGGCUAUGAGGAGAUAGCCAGGAUCCUCAUGGACGCAGGAAUCCACACAGAUGCUGUUAAUCAUCAAAAUGCAUCAGCGACACACAUUGCGGUACUGCAGAACUUCCCAGCCAUGGUGAAGCUCUUCAUCGACGCAGAGUGUGACCUUGACAUUCCAGAUAAUAGGCAGCAGACGUCACUGCACAUCGCUGCAGAGCAUGGCAGGCAGGACAUUGCUGAGAUGAUUCUCAUUGCAGGAGUUAAUCUGAAGCUAACAGACAAGCAAGGGAAAACAUCUCUGGAUGUCGCCGCCCGAGGCAAUCACGUCAACUUGGCAGACAUGAUUAUCAAAGCCGAUCGGUUUUACAAAUGGGAAAAGGACAAUCUGAACAGCGACUCUGACUCCUGGGUGGCAAAGCACUUGACCUUUAAGCAAGAUCACAGGCUGGAAACGCAGCAUAUUCGCUCAGUGGUUUGGAGAUUAGCUACGAAAUACCUCAAACCUGGUGAAUGGAAGAAGCUGGCACACUACUGGAAAUUCACUGAUGCCCACAUUAGGGCCAUUGAGCAGCAAUGGACAGGCACUAAAAGCUACAGGGAGCACGGCCACAGAAUGUUGCUUAUCUGGCUCCAUGGCGUGAUCACGGCAGGAGAAAAUCCAAUCAAGGGAUUGUACGAAGGCCUUGUGGGAAUCGGAAGAAGAGAUUUAGCAGAAAGCAUUCGGAAAAAAGCAAACGCAGACUCUGCCUCUCCACGAAAGUGCGUAGCAAUGUAACCCCGGGAGGGCACCAGCUGCCACAGCCUCAGCUUGUCUUAGAGCUACCGGAGAAACACCUGCCCAGAAAAACGGAUCAGAAGGCAGCUGCAAGUUCAGGGCUUGUCCUGAACAGCUGAUAUCGCCGCUGCUUCCUUCCUGGCCUGAAACGACAAGGGUAUCAGCAAACACUAACGGUCUAAAAUGCCUCUUUACACAGAAGGGAGAUUUUUAUCAGCUACUGCAUCUGGUCUGGGUACUAUAGUAGGAGUUCAGUGAGCGAGCCUCAGUUCUCAGAGUGUGAGGAUCAGGAAAUACCACACUAUUUUGCUGUAACUUGUUUACAUCACAUUUUUGUAUAUAAAUUUUUAAUUGUUGGUUUUUAAAGUUUUUGAGGGGAAAGCCUUUGUUACUUACCUUGUUCGGGGGGGUUGGCUAUCACAUGUGUCUUAGCUGCAUUUAUAACUUCCCUAUUAGAGUGGGAAUUUAAGAAAGUCAAGGCUACCACUUGGUCCUUUUGGAACUUUAAAGGUUGUGAUCUUUAAUGUUUCAAGUCUUUACAAAAAGUUUUAGAGAAUAAUGUUCACAGAGAUUGUUUAUAAGUGUACAUUAACAUACAGGUGCUGUUUAUAAAUCAAAUAGGUAAUGUCUUGAAUCCCUAGGUAACACCUUGAAAAGCAUAAGAUGAGAAGGGGCAUUGGUUAUCUCCAUUUCUGACAAGGACAUACAGUUUUCUUAAAUACCCAUUUAUCAUGUAAUACUUUGUAUUCAUUUUUUAUGGUGUUUCAAGGGGAACAUAACAUCUGUAUUUCAAUAUCCAGAUUUUACCCUUAAAUUUGCAAGUUAUGUCUUAGUCAUUCUUUAUUAAAAAAAAUACUACAUAAUUCUUACUUAGAGCUACACCAGUGCAACCUUGUAAUUAAAGCUGUUCCAUGCUUGAGGUGAA